CACCUUUCAACUUCACCACUAUUUUCACUCAAUUUGACUUACGACUUCGGACUCUUUGAUAUCUAACUCGUAUUUUUAAAAAGUUAUGACUGUAACGCAUACAUUAUUCUAUUAAUUUUUAAUCUACAAGAUUAUUUGAAAAUUUGCUGUCUCCUCCGUUAGCUCUAUUCUAUUAAGUUAGAAUGGCAACAAGCAAAGUAAUAUUAGUGACUGGUGGUACAGGACUUGUUGGUAAAGCUAUAGAGAAAAUUGUACAAUCAGAAAGAAGGGCAGAUGAAAAAUGGGUUUUUUUGAGCAGCAAAGAUGGUGACCUAUGCGAUUACAAUUCAACAAAAAAAAUUUUUGAAAAACAUCGGCCUUCUCAUGUGAUACAUUUAGCUGCUAUGGUAGGAGGCCUCUUUCACAACAUGUCCCAUAAUUUGGACUUCCUGAGAAAUAACCUACACAUGAACGACAACGUUCUGCAAAUAAGUUUCGAGACUGGAGUUGAAAAAGUGGUGUCAUGUCUAUCUACCUGCAUAUUUCCUGAUAAAACUCAGUAUCCCAUUGAUGAAACUAUGGUACACAAUGGUCCUCCACAUCCAUCAAAUUUUGGAUACAGUUAUGCUAAAAGACUCAUAGAUAUACAGAAUAAGGCAUAUCACGAGCAACACGGUUGCAUGUUUACCUCCGUGGUUCCUUGUAAUGUCUUUGGUCCGUUUGAUAAUUACAACCUUGAAUCUAGUCAUGUGGUACCAGGGCUUAUCAGAAAAUUACAUGACUUGAUGGAGAAAGGAGGUGAAACUUUUACGGUUUUGGGAACAGGAAAACCGUUACGGCAAUUCAUUUACUCUUUAGACUUAGCAAGACUGUUUUUGUGGGUAUUAAGGGAAUACAAUGAAGUUGAACCUAUCAUAUUAUCAGUUGAUGAAAAAUCGGAGGUGUCCAUUAAAGAAUUAGCUGAGGAGAUAGCGAACGCCUACGAUUUUAAAGGAAAAAUCGUUUUCGAUACUUCUAUGGCUGACGGGCAAUACAAGAAGACUGCUAGUAAUGCAAAAUUGCGGAAAUACUUACCAGAUUUUGAGUUUACAGCGUUUCCUGCAGCAAUAAGUGAGAGCGUGCAAUGGUACAAGGAGAAUUAUAAGAAUGCCAGAAAUUAGAGGAUUGGUAAAGUGUUUCUGGCGGUUCCAGUUUUUAUCGCUUCAAAUAUGUAUAUAGAGUAAUAAAAUCAAGUUUUAUACUGUU